UUCAGCUUUCUUAAGGGUAUCGAAGGUGAUUGCCGGAUUGGUUCUCUAACGAUAAUAUUUCACAGUCAAUUCGGAGAGUUUACAAAUAUCUAAUCUGUUCAUCGUCGAAGUUUAGAAAUUUAUAAUAGUGUAAAAAUAAAAAUAAAAAAUAGUGUUUGGAAGAGAUUUGAAGUCUGGAUGUGAGUUCAUAGAGGCAGUUGAAGGGGAGCCACCAUGAGAAAGGGGAAGAGAUGGUUUUUCCACUGGACCUUCUUGCUUGUCAUUAUUCCGGAAAUGAUCAGUUGCCAAAAGCAAAAGCGUCAGAUAUUUCGGGAACAAGUGCUCCCGGCUCUCGGCGGUAAAAUUCCGGAAGAAGCUUUUAGAACCGACCGCCUGGCCCUGAAUCGCCUGAAUAAAGAAGGUAUCACUGUUGUUGAUGGCGUUAUUCUGGAGGCUCGGCAUGCCGACAAACAUCCAACUCAUGAUCGAGUCCAGGCUGAAGUCAUAAAGGUAUACGCGACUAUAGACAACAGAUACGUCCCACCGGAAGGCAGAUAUCACUACGAUCAUCCGAGGACUGUGGACACGACGUACAUCAUCCGGAAACCCAUUGGCGAUUCUACCCUCACACUCAAUCCCCCCAAUCAUCACCACGAACCGACUUAUCAUUCUCCAGCUCAGGCACAUGGCUACGUGAAUUUCCAGCCACAAAUUCCACUUCCCAUUCCCUUGUCCACUCCUACUCACCCGAAGAUCUAUAAACCUAUUAUCAAACCCCUCAUCAUCCCUGCAAAUCAUAUCUUAUUCUCAGGAUUCUAUCAUCCCUCCUGGGAUCAUCCUCAUGCCCUCGAGUGGAGCGGAAGUGGAUUCAGGGACCAACUACGUGAUGAGCAUUCACCGGUGUUCAAUACAUAUCAGUUUGUAGAAAAUUAUGAAGGACUCGUCGACAAUUUUCACGAUCGGAGGCUGCGUCAUACGGAAAAUCCUGCUCCGGGGAAUGUCGUAAAAGUUACAGUGAAGGACUUCCAAAGUUCCGCAAAAUCUUCACCUGCGUUUCCUUCGCCUCAAAUUUUGAAAAAGCAGGAAUGGCACAGCCAUAAUUAUUCGGAAGAAAAACCUAUAAAAAUUUCAUUACCAUCGCAUCGAAAAUUCUUGGUGGAGUGUCUGCGCUUCCCGAGAAAAGUAUUCUCCUUUAUUUUUCUCACUCAUAAUUUACGAUCUUGUUUUCCUCCGCAGGAAAAUUAUACAUCCACCACUGAGAGCCGUGUUCACUAUUUUCCAUUCGUAAGGCAGGGGUGGGGUUUACCCAUGAGAUAUUCAGUAACUGGUGACUUUCUCUGUGACAUAAUUUACCUCAUGCCAGGCAAGAGAGGCUCAAAUACAACGGAAGCUGGAGCAGUUUACCUCAACGUCAAACUCAGUGCGGUCAUGGCAAGGAGCUGUCCAGUGACACUACAAAUUCUCAUUAUCAUCGGGGGAUUCACCUUCACCCUCUCACAGGAUCAGAGGUUCAGAAUAAAGGUUUACGAUGAUUACCCGGAGUACCAGGAGUACCAAGAAUUCCACGACUAUCAGGCUGAGGAAGAGCCUCCCCAGCCUCCCCGAGAGGUGAAACAAGAACAAUUUCAUGGGCCCAUACAGUUGCAGUUUAAAAAAGUGGAGAAGAAGAAGGAGCAGGAUUUCAGUAAAAUUCCAGGAGCGCCGGGAGUGGACUACCCGAUAUACCAUCAGGUCCCGGAGACGGCGUUUUCCUGCUCGCGAGUCCCCUACGUGCCUGGAAUGUAUGCUAAUCCUGAAACUGGCUGUCAGGCAUACCACGUGUGCCACGAUGGACGAGAGGGUCACCAGGGAGCGUCAUUUCUCUGCAGCAAUGGGACGUUAUUCAAUCAGAAGGAGUUCGCCUGCGAUUGGUGGUACAAUGUUGAUUGCCAGGAAGCAACUAAGCUCUACAGAUUGAAUGGAAAUUUGGAGACAAAUCCAUUCGUCCCGAAGGAUCGGCAGGAGGCGAUAGCUCGCGAGAAGCUGAGAAUCGCGGUAUUUUGACCAAUGAAUCAUCAAGAGCUUCCAAAUAUUAAUUUAAAUUACCUGGGGGAGUUCAGCUUACUCCAACUUAACAAAAUCAAAGAUUUCUGCAUUACUAGAAUCACUGGAAUUCUACAAAUCCCCCUACAAAGUCGUUUUCUCAAUUUUCUCUUGCUCUCCUCAUUUUCGCACGUCUUAUUUUUAUUUUUCUAGCGAAUAGAGGAAGCGAUAAAAUUGUGGAAAAUUUUCCAAAUGUUCCACAGAAUAAACAAAAUAAAAUGCAUAAUCCGAAUAAAAGUGGAAGCGUUACACCAUUACAACCCACUCAAUAAAACAAGUUAACAAAGUGAUUAGGCGUCCCACAAUCACCCUGGCCACAGAUUACAUAAAAAUAGAAAUGAUUAUUUUCCGAUAAAUGCAAGACAACGAAGGAGAAAGGAUAACGAUUAUCCUAGUGCCGAUCACGACAUCGAGAUAGUGAGAGAUCAGUUUGUAUUCUUAUCGUGUACUUGCAAUACUUGUGAACAAAACACACAGACAGUCUUUUUCCAAUCCGACAUUCAGCUGAAAUAAAAGUAACCCGGGACAGUGA